AUGCGGAUCCCCUCGCUGUUGAUUCGUGGUCUGCGGUCUUCUGCACUUCGCGACGGGCGGAUCCUCGGUACCGUUUACGGCGAUGGCGUCGGAGGGGAUGGACAUGCGUCAUGCGCGAUCGAAGGCGGAGAGGACUGCGGUGGCAGCGGCCGUGAGCGCCGUCCUCUUCCGGUGCCAGUUGGAGAGGGGCGAGGGAAGGAUGAGAGCGGCCAUUCGCGCGCGGCGGAAACAGACACUGCAGUCGCCGUUUCUGGGGGGCGACGACAGCGCUGCUAUGUGCGACGUCGUGCUGCAGGUGUGCUACGCCAUGGGGUGUGGAGCGUUCCCCAGAGCGACGCCCAGAUGGUGGAUAAAGCGACGUACAGGCGGCACUUGGGAGGAUCUCCGGCUAUGCGACGACGCGACGGCGGACUACUUCAGGGAGAAGCUACGAAUGUCGCCACGUGUAUUCCGAGAGAUAACGGAAGCUCUGUCUCCCUUCCUUGAGCGACAUGUCACUUUCUACACGGAGCCCCUCCAGCCAGACCAGAUUGUCGCCUACGCUUUGUACAGGUGGGCGUCGGGGGAGACAUACGAGAGCGGGACAUGCAGCUUUGGCAUUGGCAGAUCUUCCGGGUUGGUGGCGGUGCGGGAUGUGACUGCGGCGUUGCUCAGUGCGUUCCCUGACAAGAUCUCGUGGCCGACGGGUCUGCAGAAGGCGGUCGUCUUGCGCGCUUUCGCUUACAAGGGUUUCCCCAACUGCCAUGGGUGCAUCAACUGCACCCACAUCUUCAUCGACAAGCCUGCGAAUUGCCCCGGUGAGGACUACUACGAUAGGAAACGACGUUUCUCCGUGCAGGCACAGGUCGUCGUGGAUUUGAACUUGCGCGUGCUGGAUGUGUUCGUCGGUUACCCGGGAAGCUGCCACGACGCCAGGAUCCAGAAGACGACGAGGGGUGCAGUGGAGAGGGCUUUUGGCAGACUGAAGGGGAUGUGGAGGUUGUUCCUUCGAUCCCACAAGACGAACAUGGAGACGUUGCCGCAGCAGUUCGUCGCCGUCUGCAUUCUCAACAACAUCCUCAUCGACGCGGGCAUCCUGUUCGACGAUAAUCUGCUCUGGGAGGUCGGGCCGGAUGGUGUUCGUCGCAGGGUGGAUCUUGGGAUGGAUCGUCCCGUGAGGCAGAUGUGCAUGGAGUCCUCCACAGGGGAUGCCCUCAUUCUACGUGACGCACUGGCUGAGCGAAUGGCGGCACAGUGAAGACGCCGAGGCGAGCGGAGGGAUCGGCCUUGAUGGCGUGGCUGACGCGA